AUGGAAGCAGCAGCAGAAGCAGCAGCAGCAGAAACGGAAGCAGGAGCAGAAGCAGCCGCAGCGGAAGCAGCAAAAGCGACAGAAGACACAGCAGAAGAAGAAGCAAAAGCCGCAGAAGAAGCACAGUCAGCAGAGGAAGCAGCAACAAACGCAGCAGCAGCAGCUGCAGCAGAAGCAGGAGCAGCAGAAGCAGCAGAAGCGGCAGAAGAAGCAGCGGCAGCAGCGUAA